AUGUUACAAGCCCAGUUCUGCGACACAGCACUCGUUAUUACUCAUCCGAAAGUAAAAGAUAUUAUUGAUAUUUUCACGAAACCAACAAAAAAUCGAAUAAUUGCCGAUCUUCAACAACUUUGUUGUUUAGAAAACGAUGAUGACAACUUAUUUUCAGUAAAAACAGGUAUUAAAAUAAAAAUCGAACGUUUAUUACGUGAUCUUAGAUCUAUAAAACAGCAGAAAAUGACCGAAAAACACGAGGUUAUCGACGAAGACUUAACAACAUGUCUCACGGUUUUAUCUGAACAAUAUUGUGCUAUUGUCAAAUCAUUUCAAAAACCAUUUCUUCUAUCAUUGAUCAAUAAUAUCAGCCAAAAUCUCAAGCAAACGCCAAACCAUUAA